CCACCCAUCCGCAAGAGGCAGACAUCACCCUGGUGGCCCCAAAUGUCUUCCUAGCAGGUGACCUUUGGUGAGCGAGGGCUCUGCCAGGGGCCCGGCCCCCUCCCACCUCUUUCUCACUCCCUCAGGGAGGGGCCAGCUGCUCUGUGGGCAGGGCCUGCGGGGAGAGCUGCUGCUCGCCACAUCCUCCCCUGCCUCCCCACCCUGUGCACGCGGCAGGGCAGCAGCCGCGCUCUGACAGACCCAUGGGGCUCUGCCAAGUGACCCAUGGGCUCCGGGGCCGACUGUUUGCUCCUCCCUGAGUGUGACUGACAGCCACACGGCCGCCUGCCUGCCUGCCUGUCUCUCUUUGCGUCUGCCCGGCUGGCCACCUGCCUGUCUGCUCGACUUCCCUUCCCCUGUCUGUCCGUCUGCCUGUCUGACCAGCCCUGGUCUGCUGUGGGUCUCUCCCUGGUGCAGUCGAUCUCUGUCCUCUGUCUGUGUGUGACUUCCCUGGGAUGUGAGCGACCACUGCCUGUGACCCCGGCUGGCUCUCUCUGUGUGGCCUGCCUGCCUAGGGCCCGGGGCCAUCCGUCCCGGUGACAGGUCGUAGGCUUGUCUGGCUGGUGACUCAGGACAGGCUGUGGAUCCCCACCCCCUACACCCGCCUGCUCCCUCUGAUUCCCGUCCCGCGCCCCCACCCCUGGAAGGCCACUGGAUUCCCCCCCCCGAGCACACAGAAUGGAUUCCUGAGGGAGAAGCUGGGACAGCAGGUAACUCAGCUCCAGCCACUGUUCUCUGCGGGGGGUCUGGCGCCUUCUCUGCCCGAGGUGGGAGGACACAGAGGGGUUUUGCCCCCUCCUCACAGCUGGGGACAGUGAGGCCGGCAGAGCUGGGGCUGGAGUCUCCUGUUCAGCCCAGCCCAGGACGCCCAAAGUGCCUUUUUGUGCGUCUGCGGGAGGCCUGGAGGUCUGGAGGCCGGGACACGGCUGAGAUGACCCCAUGAGCUCCAAAAGGCCGGGGCUGCGGGAGGAAAGCCGGUCCCAGGCCAAACGGGAUGCCACAGUCACCGCGGUUCCCGGCAGCCCGGGAGGGCAGGGGUGGGCACGGGGGUGACGGCGUGAUGGUGUGGCAUUUCUAGGGGGCCCCCUCUGGGGAGGGGCAUUGAUUUUGGGGGCAGAUUCUGGGUUUCAGCGUCUUUGUGUCCUGUAACCCCUCCACACGGAUUUCUGUGCCCAUUUCACAGACAGAGAACAGGGGCUCCAGGGCCAGAGCGAUUUUCCCAAGGAGACUCAACAGCGCGGAGCAGGGCGGGCAGGUGACUCGGAGGCUGGCCCCGUCCUCCACGCUGUCUCCUUCUCACCAAAGCACAGGGGAUGGGCCGACGGAUCCCGAGAGCCAGCAUGCUGUGUGGCUGGGCGGCCCCUCUGUUCCUGCUGAUGCUCCAGGGUGCCUGGGGUUGCCUAGACCUUGUCUGCUACACUGAUUACUUCAAGACAGUCACCUGCACCCUAGAGACAUGGACCCUGCACCCCGGCACGCUCACCCUUACCUGGCAAGACCUAUACGGAGAACUAGUGGACGAGGUCACCUCCUGCAGCCUCCGCCGGUCCACCCACAAUGCCACACACACAGAGUACACGUGCCACAUGGAUGUGUUCCACUUCAUGGCCGACGACAUUUUCAGUGUCAACAUGACAGAUCAGUCCGGCAAUCGCUCCCAGGAGUGUGGCAGCUUUGUCCUGGCUAAGAGCAUCAAGCCGUCCCCCCCUUUCAAUGUGACCGUGACCUUCUCGGAACAUUAUAACGUCUCCUGGGACUCCAAUCACGAUUCCUAUCCGCUGAAGGGCAAGCUACAACAUGAGCUGCGGUACAGGAGGCAGGGAGACCCCUGGGCGCUGAGUCCGGGGAGAAAGCUGGUCUCCGUGGACGCGAGGAGCGUCUCUCUCCUUCCCUUGGAGUUCCGCUUUGACUCGGACUACGAGGUCCAGGUGCGCUCGGGGCCGCAGCCGGGCUCUUCCUUCCAGGGGACGUGGAGCGAGUGGAGUGACCCGGUCACCUUUCACACCCUGCCGGAAGAGCUAAAGGGAGACGGCCACAUCUACCUGCUGUAUAUCUUCCUGGUCAUUGUAGUCAUAGUCUUCUUGGGCCUGAAGAUCGACCUGCCUUGGAGGCUGUGUAAAGAGUGGGUGCAGGUGCCCAGCCCAGAGCAGUUCUUCCAGCCCCUCUACGUGAGCCACAGCGGAGACUUCAGGAAAUGGGUGGGCACGCCCUUCACUGCCUCCAGCUUGGAGCUGGUGCCUUGGAGCCCAGAGGCGCUUUCGUCCCUGGAGACGCACACCGGCUGCCCGCCGCAGGGUGCCAGCAAGGGGCCGGAGCCCACGGAGCUGCCGGAGCCCGCGGACCUGGUGGAGGCGGACGGGGUGCCCGAGCUGGGCUUCUGGGGCCCAGCCCACUCCGUCGUCAGCAGCCUCGGAGGCUCAGCUUACAGCCAGGAGAGGGACCGGCCGUACGGCCUCGUGUCCAUUGACACGGUGACCGUGGCGGACACCGAGGGGCCCUGUGCCUGGUCCUGCACCUGCGGAGAUGAUGGCUACCCAGCCCUGAACUUGGACGCCAGUCUGGAGCCCGGCUCGAGCACCGGGGACCCGCUCUUGGACACAGAGACCACAGUCCUGUCCUGUGGUUGCGUCUCGACUGGUGGCCUGGGCGGGCCGGACAGCCCUCUGGGCAGCCUCCUCGACAGGCUGAAGCUGCCCCUCAAAGAUGAGGCGGGUUGGACCCCGGGGCCACCCUGGAGCAGCGGGCCACCCCGAGGGGUGCCUGGCAGCGAGGCAGGCUCGCCCCCGGCCGGCCUAGACAUGGACACCUUUGACAGCGGCUUCGCGGGCUCUGACUGCGGGAGCCCUGUGGAGUGUGACUUCGCCAGCCCCGGGGACGCAGGGCCCCCCAGGAGCUACCUCCGCCAGUGGGUGGUCAUGACCCCUCCACCUGAGGGAUCUGGGCCGCAGGCCAGCUAGCGAGGCCGACUGGCCGUCCGGAGCCGGCCGAGCCAUUCGGCCCUGAGCCAGAGCUGGGGGCCCCUGGGCCGGAGGGUGAAGCGGCCUGCAACCUCCCAUUCCCCCGACGGGGCCCCCGGGCCCGGUGUUUACGGCGACCCAGGUGCACACUGCUGUGUCCGUGUGUGACCAGCACAGCUGCCAGAGGGCACGGAGCGUGCCGCGGUGAAGCCACGUGCCCGAGGCCACACGCAUCUGUGCCCACCCGAGGUCCCCGUGUGUACGGAUGUGAGAAGCACAUGUGUCCGUGACUGUGUGCACGGGAUGCCAGCCUCGCUCGUGGCCAGACACGUGGGGUGGCCCCAGGUCGUGUGCCGAGGGGCUGGUCCAGGGUUAGUCACGGCCCUGACGGGACCAGGCCACUGCCUGCGGGGUCCGAAUUCCAGCCCUCCGGAUCCGGCCUCCAGGAGCCGCAGGACGUCCAUACUGUUCCUUUUCACUUCUCGGGGCGGGGAAGAGGAUGGAGGGGGCCCACCGUGAUCCUGGGUGUGGGGAGGUUUGGGGGGAGCCUGGUGGGUCAAGAUCUGCUUCCUAACUGUGAUGCCUCUGGGCUGUGCCGCCUUGGGCCAGCCGCUUCCCCUCUCUGGGCUGGAGUUUCCCGUUUGGACUAGGGUGUGGGGGUACGUGACCCAUCUUGGGGAGAAAUGGGUGAGGUCACCCAGUGUACAGGGUGCGACAGAGCAGACCCUCAAUAAACUCAGUUUCCUUCCUUCUGCUGCCCAGACCAAGCCUGGGGCUGGAGGUGGGCGGGGUUGAGAAAUCGGCCACAGCCCGGGCGCCUGUGGGCUCUCCCACCAGACUGAGGGGCGCACGGGGGGUUUCCAGGCUUA